GCCACAGAAGGUGCCGGAGGAGCCAGCUGGGAGAAGCAGGCUGGCUGGGACAUCAGGCUGGCAGAGCGUGGGUAGGCUGCUCCUCUGCCGAGCUCACCCUGAAGUCCACUCGGAGGCAGCCAGCACCGCAGGAGUCUCGCCAUGCUGCUGUGGGUGAGGCAGGCGCUGCUUGCCUUGCUUCUGCCCAUAUUCUUGGCACAGGGAGAAGUCAUGCACAGGAGGGAUCCCCAGGCCAGGAACACAUCCAGGCCUGCGAUGCUGAGGCUGUCCAACCACCUCCUGGCCAAUUACAAGAAGGGCGUCCGGCCAGUGCGGGACUGGAGGACGCCGACCACCGUGUCCAUUGAUGUCAUCGUCUACGCCAUCCUCAGCGUGGAUGAGAAGAACCAGGUCCUGACCACCUACAUCUGGUACCGGCAGUACUGGACCGAUGAGUUUCUCCAGUGGAACCCUGAGGACUUUGACAACAUCACCAAGUUGUCCCUCCCCACAGACAGCAUCUGGGUCCCGGACAUCCUCAUCAACGAGUUUGUGGACGUGGGGAAGUCUCCCAGUAUCCCGUAUGUGUAUGUCCGGCACCACGGGGAGGUCCAGAACUACAAGCCCCUCCAGGUGGUGACCGCCUGCAGCCUCGACAUCUACAACUUCCCCUUCGACGUACAGAACUGCUCGCUGACCUUCACCAGCUGGCUGCACACCAUCCAGGACAUUAACAUCUCGCUGUUGCGCCUGCCGGAAAAUGUGAAGUUCGACAGGAGCGUCUUCAUGAACCAGGGCGAGUGGGAGCUCCUGGGGGUGCUGACCCAGUUUCAGGAGUUCAGUAUAGAAAGCAGCAGCUCUUACGCAGAGAUGAAGUUCUAUGUGGUCAUCCGCCGGCGGCCCCUAUUUUACGCGGUCAGCCUGCUGCUGCCCAGUAUCUUCCUCAUGGUCAUGGACAUCGUUGGCUUCUACCUCCCCCCGGACAGUGGGGAGAGGGUCUCCUUCAAGAUCACGCUCCUCCUGGGCUACUCGGUCUUCCUGAUCAUCGUGUCAGACACGCUGCCGGCCACGGCCAUCGGCACGCCUCUCAUCGGUGUCUACUUCGUCGUGUGCAUGGCCCUUCUGGUGAUCAGCUUGGCCGAGACCAUCUUCAUCGUGCGGCUGGUGCACAAGCAGGACCUGCAGCAGCCCGUGCCCGCCUGGCUGCGGCACCUGGUCCUCGAGAGGGUCGCCCUGCUCCUCUGCUUAGGGGAGCAGUCGACCUCUCGGAGGCCCCCAGCCACCUCCCAAGCCACCAAGACUGAUGACUGCUCAGACGUGGGAAACCACUGCAGCCAUGUGGGGGGACCCCGAGACUUGGAGAAGACCCCCAGGGGAAGAGGCAGCCCUCCCCCGCCGCCGCGGGAGGCCUCCCUGGCAGUGCGCGGGCUGCUGCAGGAGCUGACCUCCAUCCGGCACUUCCUGGAAAAGCGGGAGGAGAGCCGAGAGGUGGCCCGGGACUGGCUGCGUGUGGGCUCCGUGCUGGACAGGCUGCUCUUCCGAAUCUACCUGCUGGCCGUGCUGGCCUACAGCGUCACCCUGGUCACUCUCUGGUCCAUCUGGCAGUAUUCCUGAGCGGGUACAGUCCAGUCAGGGGCGGGUAAUGAUGCUGGUUAGGAGGGGAUGGGGGCAUUUUAGGGCCCAGGGGAAAUUUCCCCAUCCCAGGGGAUGCCAGGGGCGUUCUCAAGACGCGUGUACAGUUCCACGCUUGUUCCCCGUGCCAAUGUAUCUCAGCACCCCCAAUCCAAGGCCUUAACUCUUCUCCUCCUAAUUUGGUAUUUAGGACCCUAACACCCUCCUCCGCUCCCCUCUCUGCCCAUUAUAGCUUUAAAAUUUGCUAUCUUAGAUCACGAUAAACCCAUGCAUGCCCUGAUGUCACUCUAAGCAUCAAGCCUCAGUUUCCCCAGCGGCACUUUCUUGAAAUGGCACUCUAGAAUUCUGCUCCCUCCCCCAGCCUUGCUUUUAGAUGGAAGGUAAACCGGCUCUCUAGCACGUGUACCUGAUAACUCUGCAUUAGGUUUAUCCAAUUCUAUUGUCUCCCUGUUCACUUCACCUAUGGCCACUUCCCUAAAUGCCCAUCACAUGGGGUGGGGCGGGGGGAGUA